AUGAGUACUAUUCGAAGAUAUCAUACAGCAUCAGUAUUAACAAAUGAAUCAGUGUUAGUCGCUGGUGGAGGCAAUGGUGGUGUUUCUUUGCAAAAUGCUGAGUUGUAUGAUUCAUCAACAGGACAAUGGGCAAUCACUGGUAGUAUGAAUAUUGCACGAAGAUUUCAUACAGCAUCCGUAUUAACAAAUGGAAUAGUAUUAGUUGCUGGUGGGGACAAUAGUAUUGUUUCGGAUAGUGCUGAGUUAUAUGAUCCAUCAACAGGACAGUGGACAAUCACUGGUAGUAUGAAUGCUGCUCGACGACUUCACGCAGCAUCCGUCUUAACAAAUGGACUUGUAUUAGUUGUUGGUGGAGACAAUGGUAAUGUUUUGAAUAGUGCCGAGUUAUAUGAUCCAUCAACAGGACAGUGGACAAUCACUGGUAGUAUGAAUACUAGUCGAAGACUUCACACAGCAUCCGUCUUAACAAAUGGACUUGUAUUAGUUGUUGGUGGAGACAAUGAUAAUGUUUUGAAUAGUGCCGAGUUAUAUGAUCCAUCAACAGGAGAGUGGACAAUCACUGGUAGUAUGAAUACUAGUCGAAGACUUCACACAGCAUCCGUCUUAAUAAAUGGACUAGUAUUAGUUGCUGGUGGAGACAAUGGUAAUGCUUUGAAUAGUGCUGAGUUAUAUGAUCCAUCAACAGGACAGUGGACAAACACUGACAGUAUGAAUAUUACUCGAUCUGCUCACACAGCAUCCCUAUUACCAGGUGGAACAGUGUUAGUUGCUGGUGGAGACAAUGGUAAUGUUUUGAAUAGUGCAGAGUUAUAUCAACCGUAA